AUGCAUUUCCUCACUACCGCUGUUGCCGUCAUGGCUGGUCUCACUGCCACCGGAUCCGCCUUCGUCAUUGACACCUACAGUGACACCAGCUGCGGCGGGAUCGUUGAGAAGGGCGUCAAUACCUGGGACAACACCUGUGCCACUUGGCCGAAGGGUUUCAAGUCUUUCAAGAUCACGACCUGGGGAGGCAAGCAUCAGUAUGGGUACUGGUUCGCGCCCGGUAACUGCGGGAACCUGGCGACGGCCAUUAAAGGAGGCUAUGUGGAUUCCACAACAAAGUCCUUCGAGCUUAACAAAUGCUACAAUUUCAACGGUGCAGCUGCGAAUGCGAUUGCUUCGUACUCUGGUUGA